CAUUUAAAGAUGCGAUUACUGCAAUCAUAAUACAGAAGACUUGCCAGCACUACAGUCUCUUAUAAACUCAGAAAGCUAGAUCUUCUCAUUACGGCCCUUUAAUUUGUAUGUUUCAUUAUCCUGAAAUUUUGAUUUCUUAAUGGUAAAAGCUGAUCAAACCUAUGGCUUCUUCAGUUGUUCUUUCACCAGCUAUCGUCAUGUCAUAUAGCAAGUACAGAAUCCGUCAAAAACUACCCCAAAUUAGAGCUCAGAGUUAUAGAGAUGAAGGGAAAUCAAGGCAUGUAGUUGAUGCAAAUAUACAAGUUUUGAAGGAAAGGAUGGAAGAAGUGAAGAUGAAAGAGAGGCUGGAGAGGUGUUUGGUAUGUGAUCAUGAGCAGGGUUGGAAUUACACAGCUACUGCAAGUUUAUAUUAUGAUCAGAAGAAACGCAAGAAAGAGUUGGAUUACAUAUCUCAAUGUGUUGAACUUUUUUGCAUGGUUGGUGGAACUAUUGGAUUUACUAUACUUGGCUGUAGUCUUUGCCUUUACCUUACUUCCCUUCUUAUUCAUUUAAAUCUUAGCAACUGAGCAUAUGGAAUUCUGUUCAAGUAGCAGUGCUGGGAUUCCAGCUAUUUGUAACUAUAUAUGUGAUUAUUUUCAUUUUUAUACAUAUAUAUUCCUUUGGGGUAUUUAAUUAAGAAAGAGUUACAGCCCA